AUGGCGCCCACUAUGAAGUCGUUCCUGCUUACCCUUCUACCUCUGGCAUCCGCCCAAGGCUGUCCCUUCUCGGGAGCCAAUAAGCGUGAUCUCCUGGUCGCCAGAGCGGAUGAGCCAUCUCUUGAGCGGCUUGCCGAUUCAUUUGGCCAAUGCCCGAUGAUCAGCGACGCUGCAGGCAGGGGCACUCGAAGCCGUGACUGGUGGCCAUGCCAGCUGAGGCUCGAUGUGCUCCGCCAAUUUGCCCCUGAGCAGAACCCUCUCGGCAGUAGCUUCGACUACGCAGCCGCUUUCAGCAAACUGGACUACGAGGCGCUCAAGUCUGAUCUCCGGUCUCUCUUGACAGACUCACAGGCGUGGUGGCCAGCAGAUUUCGGAAACUAUGGCGGGCUGCUAAUUCGCGCCGCCUGGCACAGUGCCGGUACCUACCGUGCUAUCGACGGACGUGGCGGUGGUGGCAUGGGUCAACAACGCUUUGCACCGAUUAACAGCUGGCCCGACAAUGCGAACCUGGAUAAAGCCCGACGUCUGCUGUGGCCCAUCAAGCAGAAGUAUGGCAAGUCUAUUUCAUGGGCUGACUUAAUCCUCUUGUCUGGCAACGUGGCCCUCGAAGUGAUGGGUUUCCCAGUCCUUGGCUUUGGUGCCGGCCGUCCCGACACGUGGCAAGCCGAUGAGAGCACCUUUUGGGGAGCUGAGACGACCUUCUUUCCCCAGGGUAAUGACAUUCGCUAUAACGGGAGCACCGACUUUCUCACGCGAGCAAGCCAUCUACAGGAACCACUCGGGGCCACUCACAUGGGUCUUAUCUAUGUGAACCCCGAAGGCCCCAAUGCAAAUGGAGAUCCCAAGACAUCUGCCCUCGAUAUCCGUAUGGCCUUUGGCCGCAUGGGCAUGAACGACUCUGAGACAGUUGCGUUGAUUGCCGGCGGCCAUGCCUUUGGCAAGACACAUGGCGCCUCUAUCAACAAAAAUGGCCCCGCCCCUGAGGCCGCACCUCUGGAGCAGCAGGACCUCGGAUGGGCAAACAGCUUUGGUACUGGCAACGCUGGCGACACUAUCACCAGUGGACCGGAAGUCGUCUGGUCCAAGACGCCCACGAAAUGGAGCAAUGACUUCCUACUCAGUCUGUUCAAGAACAACUGGACUAUGGUUAAAAGCCCAGCGGGAGCGCAGCAGUUCGAAGCCCUUGAUGGCAAGCUGGAGUAUCCUGAUCCUUUUAACCAAACGUUCCGUCGCCCGACUAUGUUGGUGAGCGAUUUGGCCUUGCGCGAGGAUCCGAUAUACGGUCCAAUCGCAGAGUCCUGGGUUGAAGACUUCAAGGGCCUGACAGAUGCGUUUGCGGCAGCAUGGUACAAGCUUUUGCAUCGUGACAUGGGCCCCAUUGCGCGCUACCUGGGACCAGAGGUGCCCAAGCAGCGGUUCAUUUGGCAAGAUCCCCUCCCUACCGUCUGCUACCCUCCGAUCGAUGAUGCCGAUGUUGCCGCACUGAAGUCAAAAAUACUUGCCUCUGAUGGAAUAACUGUCUCGAAUCUCGUUUCAGUAGCAUGGGGCUCCGCCUCAACUUUCCGCGGCGGCGACAAACGCGGCGGCGCCAACGGUGCCCGCAUUGCUUUGCAACCCCAAGCUUCGUGGGCGGUGAACAAUCCUAAACAGCUCGAGACUGUACUGAAAGCGUUGAAUACUAUCAAAGCCGAAUUCAACAAUGCUCACAAAGGCAGCAAGCAGGUCUCGCUCGCGGACCUCAUUGUCCUUGGCGGGAAUGCAGCCGUCGAGAAAGCUGCUGCCGCUGCCGGGCAGAAGUCGAUCACCGUGCCAUUCACCGUUGGUAGGGUUGACGCCACCCAAGACGACACGGACAUUGAGAGCUUCCAGUACCUGAACCCGCAGGGAGACGGUUUCCGCAACUAUCGAAACACAACAGGCUGGUCUCUGGCACGCACGGAGGAACUGCUGGUCGACAAGGCCCAGCAGCUGACGCUGACGGCUCCCGAGAUGACAGUACUAGUUGGCGGCAUGCGCGCCCUGGCAGCGAAUUUUGACGGCUCGACUCACGGAGUCCUGACAGACCGCCCUGGUGUCCUCACAACCGACUUCUUCACCAACCUGCUCAAUAUCAACACCGUAUGGACCGCCGCAGACUCCGGCAAGGAGUUGUUCAACGGCAAGGAUCGUGCAACUGGCGCGCCAAAAUGGACCGCGACGCGCGCUGAUCUCGUCUUUGGCUCACAUUCCGAGCUGAGGGCCAUUUCUGAGGUCUAUGCCGAGCAGGGAGGACAGGAGCUCUUCGUGUCUCACUUCGUUGCUGCUUGGGCCAAGGUGAUGGAUCUGGACCGUUAUGACGCCAAGAAGUAA